AUGGUUCCCGCACCGGCUCCAGUUCCGUCUUACCGACAUGACUUCGGAAGCCGGCUGGUCCCCAGGCCGCCACACCGUCAAAAUCAUCGACGUUGUGGCCCAUCCCCUCCAGAAGGCUCUAGACUUCACAGUGCAAGCGUUUCGGUGGUCCCACGGUCCCCUGACCGCGCGCUAACCAAGCAUGGCUACACAGUCCACAGCGUCCCCAUGGUCCAGGUGAGAAUCCUGCUCGUAAAGUCCUCCGCUGCGGCGAACCCCAUAUACGAGUUCGUCGCAGGCAUGCGUAUCUUCCCCUCUAUCACAGUCAGGUCUAGGAGUGGAGAGAUUAUUGAAACCAUCUUCUCCAAAGCCCUCGGCACCUCCGACCUGCAAUACCUGCGCGACAUCCCACCCGCAUGGGGCGCUGACAGCUCUUUCCUGUUUUUCACGGCAUGGUUUUCUCCUUCGCUAGGAACCGAACAAAUGACUUGA